AUGGCAACAUCAACCAACGCCGUGCUCUGUUUCCUCCUCCUCCUCCUCCUCCUCCUCCUCCCUCUGUCCAAUAACGCCGCAACCAUCGAGAUCGUCAACAGCUGCUCCUUCACUGUCUGGGCCGCAUGGGCCUCCACCAGCCCCAAGACAGGCGGCGGUAACCAGCUCAACCCGGGUCAGACCUGGACCAUCAACGUCACCGCCGGCACCGACCUCGGCCGGAUCUGGGCCCGCACCGGGUGCUCCUUCGACAGAAGCGGCCGCGGUAACUGCCAGACCGGCGACUGCGGCGGGGUGCUGCAGUGCCAGGACUACGGCCGGCCGCCCAAUACCCUCGCCGAAUUCUCCCUCAACCAGUUCAGCGACCUCGACUACUUCGGCAUCUCCAACGUGGAGGGCUACAACGUGGGGAUAGCCUUCAGCCCCACCAGCGGCGGGUGCGGAGGGGUCCGGUGCUCCGCCAACAUCGUGGGGGAGUGCCCGGCGGAGCUGAGGGCGCCGGGGGGCUGCAACAACCCCUGCACCGUGUUCGGGACGCCCCAGUACUGCUGCACCGAUGGAACUUGUGGGCCCACGGUUUAUUCGAGGUUCUUUAAGACGCGGUGCCCCGACGCCUAUAGCUACCCGCAGGCCUACAGCUACCCGCAGCACGACGAGACCAGCACGGUCAUCUGCCCCAGCGGGCACAACUACAAGGUCACCUUCUGCCCCAUUAAUAAUUUUAUAAUUUGCAUACAAUUAAACCGCACCGAUUUGGGCUCGUCGAAAUCGUGGUCAGUUGGCGGAUAUUAAAAUUAGUAAACAACUUUUCACAAACUUGUUAGUAACUUAGAUAAAGUUGGGCAGGUUCCUCUUGUUCAGAAUCCUGGAUUAAUUUUAGACUUUUAUAUGUUCAUUGAAUGGACUGUACCUCACUUGUUAAAUAAGUAGGGUCUAAUCCAUCCCAUCAAUAAACAUACAGGGCCUCCUCUGAUUCAGAAGAUUCUCACUUGUUAAAUAAGUAGGGUCUAAUCCAUCCCAUCAAUAAACAUACAGGGCCUCCUCUGAUUCAGAAGAUUCUGGAUCAAAGGAUCUGGGCACGAUAAAAUUCUAUUAUAAC